AAGAUUUUCCGAAGUGCCAAAAACAACACCCGGAGUCAUAUUUACAACCAAAUCCCCAUUUGUUCGGGUAUCUCUGGUAUGGGCAAAACCCGAAUGCUGGAAGAAGGCGGCAUGAUACUGCGGGACUACAUGGGGUUGGAUGAGCAGUGCAUUACCAGUGUAAUUGUCCCGUUCUACGAUGAGUUUGGCCCCAAUCCAGCUGAUAAAUUGAUGACGACUGAGGCUUCACUCGCGUGGCGACUACUGUAC